AUGCCUUAUUCCGUUGAGCUUGAAAACCAAGUAUCUUUAAAUAACCAUCAGAGUUGCGGUUCAUAUAAUACUGAUGAGGAGAAUAAUUCUCUUAAACUAAAUUUGAUGAAGUCGAAGACCCGCAAUGGUCAAAAAUUAGAUUCUGUUACAAGUGUCCCGGCCUGUCUUAGGUGUCCUGCGAGGGCCCCUAGGAGCACCGGCGCCCCUGCGAGGGCCCCUGGGAGCGCCACCGCCCUAACAGGGCCAAUGGGGUCGCCGCAGCCCCUGGGAGGGCCCCUGGGGAAGUGGCCGUCUCUGGGAUGGCCCCUGGGUACGCCACCGCCCCUGGCAGGGCCCCAAGGUCCGCAUAUGCCCCUGGUAGGGCCCCUAGAAGAACGCCGCAAGUUGGGAGGGCCCCUGGGGGCGCCGCCGCUACUAAUGACCCUGGGAGGACCCCUAGGGGCGCCACCGUCACUGGGAGGGCCACUGGUGGCGCCACCGCCCCUGGGCGGACCCCUGGGGACGCCACUGCCCCUGGGAAGGCCCCAGAGGGCGCUGCCGCCUUUAGCCUCUUGGGGCGCCACUGACCCUGAGAGGGCUCUGACGGGCGCCGACACCCCUAAGGAGGGCCCCUGGGACGCUGCUGCCCUUGGGAGGGCCUCGGGGGGCACUGCCACCCCUAAAGAGGACCCCUGGUGGGGGCCGCUGCCCCUAACGAGAUCGCCUGGGGGCACCGUCGCCCCUGGAAGGGUCCCUGGUAGGGCAGCUAGGGGCGGUGCCGCCCCUGUGAGGUUCGUAGUUGCGCCUGGGAGGGCCCCUGGGAAGGCCCCUGAAGCGCCGGUACCCGUGGGAGGGCCUCAAGGGGCGCCACCGCCCCUGGGAAGGCCCUUUGCGGCGACACCGCCCCUUGGAAAGCCCAAGGGGGCGCAGUUCACGCUAAGGACAGCCCCUGGAGGCGCCGUUGGCACCUGGGCGGGCCCCUGUUGA